AUGAUCGACAAGGAUAAUGACAAGACCACUCUCGUCGAGGACGAACCACCGCCGUACAGCAGACGACAGCCGUCUACUAGCAGCAACCACCCUGGGGGAAGAAACAGACUACAAUCAGCCCACAAUACGUCUCCUACUACAGCAGCAGGCCCAGGCAGUCGGUUUAUUGCGCCUGUGCCAGCACCCCAGAGCGGCUCGCAAGCCUUGCCUCCCUUGCCAUCCCCCCGUCUCAUCAUCUCACCCGCAGAAACGCAGGGUUAUCCAUCGACAUCGGAUGGAAGGAAUCCCUCGUUUGUAGAUCUAGCCUAUGAGAAGCCCGACAGCCCAAACGGAUUCGAAUCUGAUUGUUUGACUUUAAGGGCUGCACUGAUGCAAGGAGGGUACACGAUGCCACACGGUGACCAACAACAGCUCAUGGGGUUCGCCAACGACUCACAGUCCGUUGUGUAUCCUCAGCAGUCGGCUGUGGGGGACGGAGACACUUAUCUUGAUGGGGACGGGUACGAGUGGGAUGUGGAUGAACCAUAUCGUCGUCGCAACCAAGACGGAACCUAUACAGGGUGCGCUUUCUCUUUUCUUUCAUCAUUAGCGGUACUGAUGGUAAAGGUUGUAGGCGUUUAUAAUGUGGAUCCGAAUCUAGAAGUUACAGAUUAUGCGACGGCACGACGAUCGGCUACGUUGGGAAAUGGAAAGUCGCAUUCGAGGAAUAGUUCGGCAGCGUCGAUAAAUGAUAAAAAGAAGAAUAAAGGAAAGCAAGAUUUGUCGUGGCGCCCUUCGGCAGCUCCAUCCGCGUGCCAUGGGUUCUUUGAGACCAAGUCGGGUAUAAUGGAGAUUUUACUGAGUAUCGGAGGGUCUGGAUCGAAUAUUGCCAGUAGAGCGAAUAUCGAUGUCCGAAAUAAACAUGGAAAGACGAAUUUAAAGUUGAUGGAUAUUGCACCAGGGCGAAAGAUCAAUCUGGAAAUCUUUAGCGUAGAGGGUCUGUUACACGUCCACACGGACGGUGAAAUUAUGCUACUGCCUAGUGUAGCAGGGGCAAUGGAGGUCGUGUCUGCUCGAGACGACGACGCGCUCGUGAUGAUUGCGCCGUCGAUCAAAGUCACUUCACCAUCUCCCACCGCUUCUUCCGCAUCCUCUCCUCGACUCCGCACAUCGGACCCCGUGUCCUCGUACGGCCGAGCCUCUCCCUCCUUCAUACCUGGUGGCUUUUCCGACUUUUUACACCCCCACACGAGUGGCAGGACAUCAUCGUACGAAGGUGAUUAUGCCAACAUUACGAGUACGAGCGGGAACAUUAUCGUCGGGUUUGUCGGAGAGGACCAGAUCAAGGAGCCAAGUGGGGGGAUGUGGAAAAAGAUUGUCAGUCUGUUCACGGGUGGCCGACCUUGGGCUGCUGCGGUUUCUCAAUCAGUGAUCUAUAUCGGUGCUUAUGAAGCGGGGCUGCGUAGAGUGGCGUUGAGCCGUGAUCGGCGAGCCGAGCACCAUGAGCUCAUCUACGACGAUGAUGCAGCGCUCCACGCCAA